AUGAGCCUCACACUGCAGGUGAUAGCCUCAGGGAAGGACGUGGCGACCACUUCCACCCGGAACGUCCGUCGCGCGUACAUCUCGCCCGACACCCUCCGGACACACAAGCUCAUAGCUGGCGAAUGGGUCCGGCUCGUCUCUGCGGGCAGGGGAGAAGUAGCCGUGCAGCUCUGGCCACAAUUUGGCAUCACAGAUAACGGCCUAGUGCUCGAUCCCAUACAUCUGCUCGGUAUCGCCGAGGGAGAUGUUCAGGUGUAUCGGUUCGAUCCGUCCUCAUGUAGGGGUAUCGCAAAGGCCGUCUCUGUUUCUGGUCCAUCUGCAGCUGGGCGAGAGGCCCUAUGGCUCGAAGCGGCAGUCAAGGAGCUGCUCAUGUCGAUCAAGUAUGUCACGCGGAAGACGCAGAUCCAGAUCGGGUCGGGCGAGCACUACGCGAUUGCUGAGAUAGAAGUGUCGGACAAGCGGAGACCGACUGCUGCGGCGAGUGGACUGGAAGACGGAAUGAAGCGGAUGGAGCUCGAUGGGGAAAAGGGUGAAGACUUCUUUGAGAUGGACUGGCGGACGGCGGUGAAGCUUGUCGAGGCUGAGACAGCGACUGGGAAUGGCAACGAUGGACGGACUCGAACAGGAAGGGACGAGGGCAUCACUAAGGCCCUACCCUCGUAUAUCAACCUUUUCACGCCAUCCGCAUCAGAAGGCUACCAAAAGCUCGGCGGUCUCGAUACCCAAAUCACCCAGAUCCGCUCCCUUCUCGAAAUUCCCAUGUCCCAUCCUGAGCUCUUUACCCUGUUCGGUCUCACCCCUCCUCGCGGAAUCUUGCUGCAUGGCCCUCCCGGGACAGGCAAGACUGCCCUAGCACGCGCCGUUGCUGGCGCCUCCAACUGCUCCUGCAUCGUCGUGAACGGCCCGGAGCUCUCUUCAGCCUUUCACGGGGAGAGCGAAGAGCGGCUCCGAGGCGUCUUUGACGAGGCGCGUCGACGCAAACCGUGCAUUGUCGUCUUGGACGAGAUUGACGCGCUGUGUCCGCGCCGAGAUGCGGACGGGGGCGAGGUGGAGAAACGGGUCGUGGCGACGCUGUUGACGUUGAUGGAUGGGAUGAGCGGCGGGGAUGGGGUGUUUGUCAUUGCGGCUACGAACCGGCCGAACUCGGUCGAUCCCGCUCUUCGCCGGCCCGGAAGAUUCGAUCGAGAGUUCGAGAUAGGCAUCCCGACCGCCGAGGGGAGGGAGCAAAUCCUUGCCAUCUUGCUCGGCAAGAUGCCCCACUCCCUUACACUGGAGGAUAUCGCCGGACUCGCAGCUCGGACACACGGCUUUGUCGGCGCGGAUCUCUCAUCCCUUAUUCGCGAAUCUGCCGUACUCGCCAUCCAGCGCGUAUCUCCGCCGUGUCUGACCAUCGGGGAUGUGCAUGCCGUCCUACCAUCCAUCCGCCCGUCGACGAUGCGCGAGGUAUUCAUCGAGACGCCCAACGUCAAGUGGUCGGACAUUGGCGGGCAAGAAGAGGUGAAGCAAAAGCUCCGAGAGUGCGUCGAGUGGCCACUCAAGCACCGGGAUACGUUCCGCCGGCUAGGCGUGGAGGCGCCGAGGGGUGUAUUGCUAUACGGUCCGCCAGGAUGUAGCAAGACUCUGGUCGCCAAGGCGCUGGCGAGCGAGAGUGGGCUAAACUUUCUCGCCGUCAAGGGCCCGGAGCUCCUCAACAAGUAUGUAGGCGAGUCGGAACGAGCGGUUCGAGAGGUAUUUCGAAAAGCUCGUGCAGCUUCGCCAUCUAUCAUCUUCUUUGACGAGAUCGAUGCGCUUGGCUCGGCCAGGUCGGAGGACGCCUCGCAUAAUGGUGUUUUGACGAGUUUGCUGAAUGAAAUGGACGGUAUCGAGGAGUUGACGGGCGUCACGGUUGUCGCAGCGACCAACAGGCCGGAUGUACUCGAUGACGCCCUGAUGCGACCCGGCCGACUUGACCGGAUCCUCUUUGUCGGUGCUCCAGACCUCGCUACUCGGAAAGACAUCUUCACUAUCAGAUUCAAAGGCAUGGCCAUCGAACCAGGAGUAGACGUGGACGAUCUCGCUAGAAUCACCGAGGGAUGCUCCGGAGCAGAAGUCGCUUCUAUCUGUCAAGACGCGGCCCUGAGCGCUAUGAAUGAGGAUCUGGAGUCGCCAUUCGUCCGCCUUGCUCAUUUGUUACACUCGGCGAGGACGGUCAGGAGACGGAUCACGCCGGAGAUGAUCAGGUUCUUUGAGGAGUGGAGGGAUCAGAGUGGGGUGAGAAGUGCUUGA